AUGAGGCGUGUGCCGUUCGCCGUUUGUUUGCCAUCAGCCUGUGCAAGGCGUGCCAUUAUUUUUAGUACCCGCUACGAUUGGCGCACCUCGGGCGUGCACGACAUAGCUCCGAGAGAUGAAGGGGAUUUUGUGUAUGAGGGGGCACAGCAGGUAUUACCGGGUGCUCACCCUCUUCCAUUGUACCACCCACAUAACACCGUGACCCGACCUUUGAUUUCACCUUAUUUACCCUCACCCCAGCGCUCUCAUCCGUACUUUACCGAACCUUUGCCCGAGUUACCGCACCUUAACACAACAAAACCGGUUGUCUACACAUGCGGAACCAUGAAGGAGCGGAUUAUCGUACCUGUUUUUAACUUGAAUAAUGAAGUAACACACACUCGAGAGCUUGACCCAUUUGUUUUUGGCAUGUACCCCGAAACAGAAGAACUUAGCAAAAACCUUACCUACUGGUUAGUACGAUGCCAAAACUACGCUAGUAAGUGGGACUAUGAAACACGCGAGAUUUGGCGAAAGGCAAAAAAGAAUUGGCCUAACACUGGGAUGGGAAUGCCGCGCGUAAGCAAUCGGAAGAAUCACCAGUAUCUGUGGGGUGGGCGUACUAAGCCGUCCAAACCCUGGAAUAUGCUUAUGCCUACCAUGGACGUGAAGACAUGGAGCAAAAGUAACCGUAUGAUGUUGACCCUCAAGAUGCUACAAGGACGGUUGCAGGUUGUAGAGAGACUGACUUUAUCGGAACCUACUCAGGAGUGUUACUUGGGUUUAUGUCGCACAAUGUCCUGGGAUGUACGGCACACAGGAGGUGGAGUUCUAUUCAUGGAUGGGGGCUCUCGUAUUACUCCUAGCAUUGAAUUUGAUCGUUCCUUUUUUUUUGGCAGUUUCUUUAACGGUAGAAACAAGGUGGUUCGACCCACUCUCUUGUGCGAUGAACAGUAUGACUACAACAAGACGGCUUCGAAGCAGCGAAUGAAGGGCCCGAAAGGCCCUAAGAACCCCAUUCCCAUUAACCGUUUUAACGUUUUUGAUGCAAUGCAACACGAAAGGCUUGUUAUCACCGAGGGUGCAAUCAUGCAAUUAGAGGAGGAAAUGUACGAGCACAAGCUCCAUCUACUUCCUCCACACAUUCGUAACCAACUUCCGGAGCGCGGGUAUCUUGAUAGCGAAACAUUAGGCGAUUGCCUUCCAUCCUUAAGGACAAUUCAGAUGGAAGCAGCUGCUCGCACAGAGGAAAUGGAAAGUGGUAUGUAUCAAAAAUUUGUUGACAAUCCUUACCAACUUUGGACGGAUGAGGCAAACGCAUCCUAUUCUGUUGAUGCUGCGGAUGGAACAAUUCAACAAUUUAUAGGUGGAAAGAAAUCAUCAUGGUCUAUGCUUUCUUAG